AACCUUCUCUCACUUCGAUUUCCGCUCACGAGUUCGCUGCACGCACCGCUUGUAGUGGAAGAGGAGUUUCGGGACGAUUUCUGGGUGGUGGUUUGGUUCGAGAAAUCGGAGCGGACUCUGGGGUCGGAUCGAAUGGAGGGUUGGUUGUAUCUGAUCCGCUCCAAUCGGCUCGGCCUUCAGUUCUCCAGGAAGCGCUACUUCGUCCACGACGAUCACAGUCUCAAGUGCUUCAAAUCGGUUCCUUCUUCUAUAGAUGAGGAUCCUGUGAGAAGUGCGAUGAUUGAUUCCUGUAUUCGAGUCAUGGACAAUGGAAGAGAAAGCAUUCAUAGAAAAGUGUUCUUCAUAUUCACACUUUAUAAUACGUCAAAUCACAAUGACCAACUCAAGCUGGGAGCAUAUAGUCCUGAAGAAGCAGCAAGAUGGAUUCAUUCCUUCCAGGAAGCAGCUAUUAAGGGCGGUCCAGAUCCUGGUGCUAGUGUUCUGAACUGCUCAAAAAUGAGCCGGCACUCAUUAAGAUUAAGUGGUUCCAACAGAGUAAGUCAUGUUAUUCCAGUGGACUGGACUCUUGGUACAUCCAACCAUACAGAUCUAGUGGCAUCAGAUGUUGUUGCCCCUUCACCAUGGACAAUCUUUGGUUUCCAGAAUGAAGCAAAAGAGUGGGAUUCUCAUGGGAAAUGGGAUGACCAUCCUGCAGUAAUGGCUGUCGGUGUGGUUGAUGGCACAUCAGAAGCCAUUUUUCAAACACUUAUGUCUCUUGGUCCCUCAAGAUCUGAAUGGGACUUCUGUUUCUAUAAGGGAAGGGUGGUUGAGCAUCUCGAUGGUCACACCGAUAUCAUUCACAAGCAGCUGUAUAGCGAUUGGCUACCUUGGGAACUGAAAUGUAGAGAUCUGUUGUUGCGUCGAUAUUGGAGAAGAGAAGAUGAUGGUACAUAUGUUAUACUCUAUCAUUCAGUGUUCCACAAGAAGUGCCCCCCGCAGAAAGGCUUUGUCCGAGUGUGCCUAAAAAGUGGAGGAUAUGUCAUUACUCCAGUGAACCAAGGGGCACAAUCAAUAGUAAAACACAUGCUUGCUAUUGAUUGGAAAUACUGGAAAUCUUACAUACGAACUUCUUCAGGCCGGUGUAUAACAAUCAAAAUGCUUGGCAGAGUUGCUGCACUAAGAGAGUUGUUUCAAGCAAAAAUAGGGAAUUUUUCCUCAAACUUUUCGUCAGGAGAGCUGGCAAGAAAUGUUAUGUUUCAUGACGAUAGACCCAUGGAAUCGUUAAAGGAUGGUAGGACAGUGGAAGAGAUGAGUGAUGGAUCAGGUAAGGCGCCUUCAGAGCAUGCUAGCCUUCUCAGCCUAAACGAUGCUGCUGACGAGUUCUUUGAUGUUCUGGAGCCAUCAGAUGACCAAUCAGAGAGCAGUUGGUCUCGUGAUUUUGCACCAGACAUUUACCCUCAGGGACAUCAUCCGAGAUUAUCAACUGCUGCUGGUUUUGUGAGAAAAUUACAUGACCUUGCAGUUCAGAAGAGGGGCUAUGUUGACUUACAAGAUAUGGUGACAGAAGACAUUGUCUCAUGUUGCUAUGGAACUACUCUUCCUAAAGAUCCGACUUGCAUGUUGACUUCCAGCUGGACUGAAGCAGACCCUUCUACAUUUUUAAUCCGUGGAAAGAAUUAUUUGAAGGACCAUCAGAAGGUUAAAGCCAAAGGAACCUUGAUGCAAAUGGUUGCUGCAGAUUGGCUAAGAUCUGACAAAAGGGAAGAUGAUCUUGGAGGAAGGCCGGGGAGUAUUGUUCAGAAAUAUGCAGCCCAUGGUGGAGCAGAGUUCUUAUUUAUUGUAAACAUACAGGUACCUGGAUCAACAACCUACAGCCUAGCACUAUACUACAUGAUGAGCACUACCCUGAAAGAUGCACCCCUACUGGAGAGCUUUGUCAAGGGGGAUGAUGCACAUAGAAAUUCAAGGUUCAAGCUUAUACCUUAUAUCUCAAAGGGUUCUUGGAUAGUUAAGCAGAGUGUAGGAAAGAAAGCCUGUCUGAUUGACCAAGCACUGCAAAUGAAUUAUUUUCGUGGGAGUAACUACUUGGAGCUUGGGAUCAACAUUGGGUCAUCAACAGUUGCCAGGGGAGUGGUUAAUCUGGUACUUGGUUACCUUAACAGCCUGGUCAUCGAAAUGGCAUUCUUGGUGCAGGCUAACACGGAAGACGAGCUGCCCGAGUAUCAUCUGGGAACUUGCCGGCUUAACUAUCUGGAUGCAGCAAGAUCGGUUCUACUCAAACAGUGAUAUGGUUGUCUCCUGUUGUCUGUAUCUCAUCAGGCAGCAUAACAAGCCUUUGCUCUGUAGAGUUGCAGAAGAGAAAAGGGGAGUGUUAGAGUUUGUAAUUUUAGUAUAGAUGGACACUCGUUAAUUCAAUCCCGUUGAAUGGGGCAAAUUCGCAUUCUACCAAGAAAGACAACAAAAGAAAAUCGACAAUAUAAAGAGUAUCGUUAAAGGUUGCCUUGAAUAGUAUAUUUGUUAUGUACAGUUAAAGUCGAAAUUGAGAGAAUAUUUACUUU